AUGAAUGAAAAUGAUGAUAUAAAUAUGAAUAGUGAUGAUAUGAUAGAUAUACCCAAAGACAUAAGUGAUCGACGUGUUAGACAUCCAACGUUACAAUUUGAAGAACAAAAGAAUGAGAAUGAUUCAAUUGCAAUAGAUGAGAAUGAUACUACAAAUAAUUUACAAUUUUUCCCUUACUCUAAUAAUACGUUAACUAGAAGUGCAGCUACUUUAAAUUUAUCUCUAACGCGUUCUGGUACUUUACAGAACAUUACUGAGGAAACAGACAAUAUUGUUACUAAUAACAACAUUACGGCGAACGAUAAUGAUCCUAUCAACGGUGUGAAUACUUCAAUUAUGAAGUGGUCGCCAUUUAGAACAAGUAAGAACCAUUUACAGAAUCCUUCUAAAUUGAAACAAUCGAAUAAUUUAUUUAGUCAUCAUCUCAGGACAAAGAGACUUUCACAACAAUCGCAUUUACAAGAUUCUAUUAAAGAUACUGAUAUUCCAAUUACUUCCAUUGCACGUUUAAAACGUUCUGCUUCUAAGAGUGAAAUGUCACCUUUUCUACAGGAACAUUCUAUCCGGAAUAAUAUUAGCCGCCAAACGACCUCCUCUUCAAAACAACAACAAGAAUAUACAAUGUUGGUAGAUGCUGCCACUAGCCAAGUUAAUAAAGAAAAUGAAAACAUAGCACCUCCAACAAUAAGUAUAUCCUCUGACUCCGGGAUACCGAAUCCUAAUGUAUUUAAUCCACAGGGGUUGAAAUCAAAAUUGGCACAAUUCAAUUCAUCUUUAUACCCUAAAAAAUUAUCAAUACCAAAGACUCCAGUUAAAAAGUACCCCCUGAGAGAAAAUAAUCAAAUUAAUAGUAUCUCCAAUUUGCAUGCAUCUUCAAUUUUAGAAAAUACGGAAUUUUCUAAUGAUCCAAACUAUACAAGUUUCACUAAUGAAUCUACAGCAUUUUGUAAUUCCCAAAUUUUGCAGACUCCAAAAAUUGUAAUCGCAUCUGUUGAGGAAUCGUCGCCUAUAAGUUCAUUACGUGGUUCUGCAUAUUCUCAACAACGAAAUUCCCCACGUUUCAAUUUAAGUAAAUAUAAAAAACUUAAAAAAUCAAGAGAUUCUGUAAUAAUGAAAAAUAUGGAGUUGACUACCAGUUUACAACAAUUUACUAAUGAUUUAUAUGGAAUAUCAAUCACAAAUGAAAUUCCUUUGAAUAAUAAUGAUGAAAAUAUGAGGGCCAAUUCAAUAAGCCCUUUAAAAUUUAAUUCAAAGAAUAAUUUAUCAUUUUUUGGUAAUGACAAACAACAAGAUGAUAAUAAAAAUAUUAUAACGCAUAGUGAUCCGUUCACAUUCGAAACCAAAUCAACAAUUGAAGGCACACACAGAAAUUCCGACAAUGAGGAUGAGGAAAUGGUGAACUUCUCUACACCAACAAAAACAAAAUCAAUCAUUGGUGCUACACCUAAUAUAUUAAACUCGAAUAGAUUCAAACAGAAUCGGUUUCAUGUAGAACCAAUUCCUCCAUCACAAUCAUAUAAUAUUCAGAAUACAGAUUUGGAAUCGUCACAAAAUCCUGAUACACAUCUGGUUGAACGAUUUACUAAUGUAACAUUAAUUGAUCAGGGACAUUUUUCUAAAGUAUAUCAAGUUACAUUUGCAGAGACAAACAAAAAAUAUGCCAUAAAAUCUAUUACCAUCAAUAAAGGAAAUAGCACCAAGAAGAUCUUACAAGAAAUUAAAUUACUCGCUGGCAUCCGUGAUAAGACCGAAUUGGAUCAAGAAGGUAACGAGUACGUUAUUGACUUCAUUAGUUCAUGGAAGUUUGGAAAUGCUUACUACGUUAUGACAGAUUUCUACGAAAAUGGGAAUUUAGACAAAUUUUUGAAUGAACAGAUAAUUCAGAAAAAUAAACGAUUAGAAGAUUGGAGAAUAUGGAAGAUAAUUGUUGAAGUGAGUCUCGCAUUGAGGUUUAUUCAUGAUUCCUGUCAAAUAGUUCAUUUGGAUCUAAAGCCUGCAAAUAUCAUGAUAACGUUUGAAGGUACUCUUAAAUUGGUCGAUUUUGGAAUGGCAACACGAUUACCUCUACAAGAUCAUGAUUUUGAAAAUGAAGGUGAUAGGGAGUAUAUCGCACCUGAAAUCAUCUCAGAUUCUAUCUACGACUUUAGAGCAGAUAUAUUCUCUUUGGGGUUAAUAAUAGUUGAAAUAGCCGCUAAUGUAGUUUUACCUGAUAAUGGUAAUGCAUGGCAUAAAUUACGUAGUGGUGACCUUUCUGAUGCAGGUGGUUUAAGUUCUACAGAUAUUCAUUCAGAAUCUUUACUCUCAACAAGUACUAAAUUUGAUACAAAUUUAACCGAUAUAAGCAAUUAUCACCAAACUUCGGCCUCUGCAAAUGAACCUCUAACGACGGUUGAUAAUUUAACUGUUGGUAGUAUUAAACAUUCAAAAGAUUAUAGGGGUGCUCCAAGCUAUGCUGGUAUUUCAAAUUCUCAGAUUCCAGCAUGGGUUCCAAAAUUCUUGAUCGAUGGUGAAUCCUUGGAAAAAACCGUUAGAUGGCUGAUCGAUCCAGAUUAUAGAAAAAGACCUACCGCAAAUGAAUUGUUGCAUACGGAAGAAUGUAUGUAUGUGGAGAUGACAAGGUUAACCGGCGCAGUAAUUCAAGAAGAUUAUUUUGGACCAAAGCCUAACUUUUUCAUGUGA